CUCUGUGGCGUUCAACAAGAUGAAUUCAGAUUUACCAGACUUCCUGUCCGAGCUCACAGCACUCACAGACAUGGCUUUCCGUAGCAAUGCACUCACAGGUUCCAUCCCCACCAGCUUCGGCACUCUCUCCAACCUGCAGCGAAUGGAGCUGAGUUACAACCAGCUCAACGGCAGUGUGCCGGUCUCCUUGGCGAACCUGCACAACCUCACAGAGCUGUGGCUGCGAGACAACCAGCUCAACGGCACCAUCCCCACCUUACUCGGAAAGCUCACCAACCUCGUUGCCCUGGAUCUGAAGAACAACGACAUGAACGGCACCAUCCCUGCCUCCCUCUUCAACCUCACGAGGCUCACCAAACUUGACUUAAACUCCAAUGGCUUCACAGGCCCACUGGCCUCUGGCAUUGGGAGGCUCAUCAACCUUCGUUUUCU